AUGGUACUGAAUGUUCCUAAAUGUGAGUUUGGUAAUACUGAGCUUAUUUUCCUUGGUCAUCUGGUCUCUUCCAAGGGUUCUCAGCCCUGUUCAGAGAAGAUAGAGGCCAUCCUCGACUUUCCUUUGCCGGUCACAGUUGCAGAUCUUCGCAGAUUCCUAGGGCUGGUCAAUUUUUAUCGUCGUUGGCUUCCUCAGGCAGCCUCCGCACAGGCCCCUCUUUUUGAUUACACGGCUGAUUCAAAGAAAAACGAUCAGAGAGUCAUUGACUGGUCUCCAGAAGCCAAGCAAGCCUUUGAAACCACCAAGAGUCACUUGGCUAAGGCUACCCUCCUGGUCCAUCCAUCUCCUGACGCAGAAACACGUCUCGUUACAGACGCUUCUGAUUUUGCCAUAGGUGCUACCCUUGAGCAACUCUUUAAAGAAGACUGGAAGCCCCUGCACUUCUUAGAGGGUCGUGAUUUCAAGGUCGUCUCUGACCACAAGCCCCUAAUCUACGCGUUUAUUCAAAAGUCUGACAAGGCCUCUCCUCGCCAGCGGAGACAGCUCUGCUUUAUUUCACAGUUUACUACUGCCAUUGAAUACUUGCCAGGUUUGUCAAAUGUGGUGGCAGAUGCACUCUCUAGAGUAGAAGUCAUUCGUCUUCCUCUUGAGUUAGAGCUCCCGGAGUUGGCCAAGGAGCAACAACAGGACUCUGAGCUCUCAGAGCUGCUGAAAUCUCCUGCCCAUUCUCUCAAUCUAAAACCCAUUGAAUUGGGUCACAGCCACACUAGUCUUUAUUGCGAUCUCACCGAGACAUUGCCACUUGGUGUAAAGGUUGUCUCGAUUUCCAGCAAUCAAAAAUCUCCAGACAUGUCAAAAACGAGCCUUUACAAUUCAUCGCUCCAGAUGAUCGGUUUCGCCAUGUCCACAUGGACUUGGUGGGUGGAGGCUGUGCCUCUCAAAGACAUAUCCACUGCGUCAGUUCUUCGAGCGUUUCAGGAAUCCUGGGUUGCUCGCUUUGGGGCACCCAGAUUUUUGACCACCGACCAGGGAUCACAGUUCGAAUCACAGCUCUUUCAAGCCUAUCUUUCUUUUCUCGGUUGUCAGAGAAUAAGAACGGUGGCCUAUUAUCCUGCUGCUAAUGGCAUGAUUGAGCGGUGGCAUCGCAGCUUUAAGGUGGCCGUGAUGUGUCACAAUAAUGCAGAUUGGGUCAAACUUUUGCCUACAGUGCUUCUUGGUCUGCGUACAGCAGUAAGAAGUGACACAGAGACAUUGCCACUUGGUGUAAAGGUUGUCUCGAUUGCCAGCAAUCAAAAAUCUCCAGACAUGUCAAAAACGAGCCUUUACAAUUCAUCGCUCCAGAUGAUCGGUUUCGCCAUGUCCACAUGGACUUGGUGGGUGGAGGCUGUGCCUCUCAAAGACAUAUCCACUGCGUCAGUUCUUCGAGCGUUUCAGGAAUCCUGGGUUGCUCGCUUUGGGGCACCCAGAUUUUUGACCACCGACCAGGGAUCACAGUUCGAAUCACAGCUCUUUCAAGCCUAUCUUUCUUUUCUCGGUUGUCAGAGAAUAAGAACGGUGGCCUAUUAUCCUGCUGCUAAUGGCAUGAUUGAGCGGUGGCAUCGCAGCUUUAAGGUGGCCGUGAUGUGUCACAAUAAUGCAGAUUGGGUCAAACUUUUGCCUACAGUGCUUCUUGGUCUGCGUACAGCAGUAAGAAGUGACACAGGUGCUUCCCCUGCGGGUUUUCUCUAUGGUACAAACAUUAGGGUACCUGGUGAAUUUUUCUUCCCAGUGAUUUCACUGCUGAUCCUCAGAUCUUCAUCGAGGACUACAAAGACCGCUGUCAGGAAACCUCUGGAAAGGCCUUACACUGGUACUUACAAGGUUUUGGAGAGGAUCUCAGAUCAAGAUUACAAAAUUGAUUAUAGGGGCACCCCUCGGGUUGUGCCGACCGAGCUUUUAAAGCCAGCACAUUUUGUCCCUGAUGACUUGGUUACUCCGGCGCUUACUAAGAGCCCUCAAAAGGUUCAAGUUUCGACUCUUCCUAUCCCUAUCCUCAAAACCUAUAGUAAUAAGAAAAAAGUGACCUUCGACACUUCUGUUAAGUAG